AUGAAAGGUUCGACAAUGAAACGCUCGGCGACCCAGGGUUCUAUGACUCAAGACUCUGAGGACCGUCCUGCAACGGGUCUGAUGUUUCUCUGUAGCUUGUGCUACCAUUCGGAUUUGAGGAAGGAGGCUCCUACCUGUGUCAUCUGUGGUGACUCCUUCAGCCAAGGCAGUAUGAUCCGAUGCGAGGAGGGCCGGUGCUGUAAAGGCAUCCACCGGUCUUGCUAUAUGCUCUCGGGACCGAGAGCUUUCUCAGUGAUCUUUGACCGACCGGACGACCACAUCGUUUACCGGUGUCCGGGGUGUGUCUUAAGCGCAUACAUGGACUGUCGGUUCCCCGACAACUCCGACUACCCUGCAGCCGUCUUCCUUCUGUUCCCAAACCUUCGUAGGUUCUCAAACCUUCGUAGGUUCUCAAACCUUCGUAGGUUCUCAAACCUUCGUAGGUUCCCGAACACCCGUAGAUUCCCAAAUCCCGAUAGGUUCCCGAAACCCGGUAACUUCUCACAGGUUCCUCGAACGUCCAAGCUCCGCAAGAUGUACCAAGAUGGUUCAACGCACCCAGAUGCCUCCUCGCAUCUACCCCCACCGCGUAUACAUGCAGCUCUUUCGUCGGCUCGAUUCCCAGAGCGUUGUACCCAGAGAUCAAACUCCUGGGCAGCACGGUGGAUGAAACAUGACUUGAACAGUCUUGUCAUCAGUCCUCCUGUCACACUAGCCGACGAGACUGUUCGCUGGGACCUCAUCUCAAUAACGCCCACUCAAACAGACCAGGUUCCACCGUGCCUACCAGAAGUAAAUUGUGAAGCAGAGGUACACUGUGAGUUAUUGUUACAAGAGUAUGAAGAACUUGCCGACUAUGAAGAAGAACUUGCCGAGUAUGAAGAAGAACUUGCCGACUAUGAAGAACUUGCCUUCCAGGCGGAUUUCGACUGCCCUGGUAAUAAGGAUGACAAUAUGGUGAGGGAUGGUACGGCAGAAGGUCAGACAUUGAAGGACAAUAUAGCUAAUGUGGUCAAAGACAACACGGAAGACAGCGUUAUGGAAGACAACAUUAUGGAAGACAACAGUGCUGUGUAUGAUACUGACGGGUGCAGAUCACUGUUAAUACGGGAGGAGUUGGGCAUAGGUAAUGAGGACCUUGGAUGUGUUGAGGUUCUUACUAGUGUUUUAGACAGUGUAGUGAAACUCCCUCAUGUCGUCGGAUAUGUUUUCUCUAGUAUUGCUCGUACCUACGAUGAGGUGGCAGGAAGUGACCUUUAUUCCGAGCCGGUACGUCGGAUUUUCCGAGAGUGUGUGCAUCUGAAAGAGUUCGCUUCACCUAAUCUUAUUACUGGUAUUAUGGCCGAUGAGUCUGGCGGCUGUCAGAAUCGGUUGACCAAGUUGUAUGAGAUAGUGAAGCCCCCCGCUCACGGACAUCUUAUGAAUUUGUAUCCCCCCUUACCCAAGCUAUUGGAACUGUAUGACCGACUGGAAGCCAAGAUUGGUCGUGGUUUCUUCCGGCUUUUAUAUCGCUCGGAGAUGGGUCUUCUAUCGUUCCUUGAGACCGGCUCAACUUUGCUGCACCUGGAUACAUUUGGGAACAUGUUCCGAUACUACUGGACCCCGGCUACGACUUCACACGUUUCCCCGUAUGCGCCUGCAGGUGGUGACAGUGACCCAGCAGCUGUUGCGUGGCCUGGUUUUGAUUGGCUCCGUGAAUUUGUUUGUGAAUUAGAUGACCUCGGAGAGAGUGUGCUAGAGUCAUGUUAUGUGUUGGACGCAUGUCAUCGUAAGUACUGCGACGAUCAGGUGUACAACCCGAUGACCAAUCCGUGCGGUUUGCCUGUGGAGGAGUUCACUAAGAGUGAUAGUUUGGUUUUGGUUUUGCUUCAGAAGACAUUUGGCCGUUUAGGGUUCGUUCCGCCUAUACAGUUCAAGACGAGCGAUGUGUUGGGCUACCACUUGUGUCUGAGACGUGCACUGAAGCCGUAUACCUUGAUUGGUGAGUAUUCAGGCGUUAUAGAAUGCAGACGAUGGAAUACUAACCAAUUCUUCACACCGUCCGACUCAAUUUAUGAUCUUGUAAAUCAUAAUGAUAACUCCAACACAACACUAUGUCUGAUACCCGAACCAUACACUUCCCUACCCAGAUAUAUCAACGGUAUUAAUAACCAUAUUCCCGACGAAUACCUCAAGAUCAAUACCAUAACUAACAUCUUUCAUUUUGACCACCAGUAUCACAUACUAACACUUACCAACCACCAGACCGUUAAAAAAGGCCAACAGCUACUACUCGACUACAACGCAGGAGCUGCCGAUGGAGAACUCGGAACCUACCCCACGCAACAUUUCCUUCCCGCCGACUGA